AGCAGCCGAGCGGUUGGCGUCCCGGGUCGGGCGCACGGAGGGCGGCGGAGGUGCGGCCCGAAGCCAUGGUGAUCAUGUCGGAGUUCAGCGCGGUCCCCUCAGGCACCAGCCAGGGCCAGCAGAAGCCCCUCCGGGUGGGCUUUUACGACGUGGAACGGACCCUGGGCAAAGGCAAUUUUGCAGUGGUUAAGCUGGCGCGGCACCGAGUCACCAAAACGCAGGUUGCAAUAAAAAUAAUUGACAAGACACGGUUAGAUUCUAGCAAUCUGGAGAAGAUUUACAGGGAGGUUCAGCUCAUGAAACUCCUGAACCACCCGAAUAUCAUCAAGCUUUACCAGGUUAUGGAGACAAAGGAUAUGCUCUACAUAGUCACAGAAUUUGCAAAAAAUGGAGAAAUGUUCGAUUAUCUAACUUCCAAUGGGCACUUGAGUGAGAAUGAGGCUAGGAAGAAGUUCUGGCAGAUUCUGUCGGCCGUGGAGUACUGCCAUAAUCAUCACAUUGUCCACCGGGACCUCAAGACAGAGAACCUGCUGCUGGACGGUAACAUGGACAUCAAACUCGCAGAUUUUGGAUUCGGGAAUUUCUACAAGCCAGGGGAGCCUCUGUCCACGUGGUGCGGGAGCCCCCCCUAUGCAGCUCCCGAAGUCUUUGAGGGGAAGGAAUAUGAAGGUCCCCAGCUGGACAUCUGGAGCCUCGGCGUGGUGCUCUAUGUCCUGGUCUGUGGCUCCCUCCCUUUCGACGGACCCAACCUGCCUACGCUGAGACAGAGGGUGCUGGAGGGUCGCUUCCGCAUCCCCUUCUUCAUGUCUCAAGACUGUGAGACACUGAUCAGGCGCAUGCUGGUCGUGGACCCUGCCAAACGCAUCACCAUCGCCCAGAUCCGCCAGCACCGAUGGAUGCAGGCUGACCCCACACUCCUGCAGCAGGACGAUCCCGCCUUCUCCAUGCAGGGCUACACCUCCAACCUGGGUGAUUACAACGAGCAGGUGCUGGGCAUCAUGCUGGCCCUCGGCAUCGACCGGCAGAGGACGAUAGAGUCUCUCCAGAACAGCAGCUACAACCACUUUGCCGCCAUUUACUACCUCCUGCUCGAACGCCUCAAGGAGCAUCGAGGCACCCAGCCCUCGUCCCGACCCACCCCUGCACCUACCAGACAGCCCUCGCUCCGAAGCUCAGACCUCAGCAGUCUGGAGGUUCCUCAAGAAAUUCUCCCGUGUGACCCUUUCCGGUCCUCUCUGCUGUGCCCACAGCCCCAGGCCUUGGUUCAGUCUGUCCUGCAGGCCGAGAUAGACUGUGAUCUCCACAGCUCACUUCAGCCCUUAUUUUUCCCCCUGGAUACCAACUGCAGUGGAGUGUUCCGCCACCGAUCUGUCUCUCCCAGCAGCCUGCUGGACACAGCUAUCAGCGAGGAGGCCAGGCAGGGUCCCGGCUUGGAGGAGGAGCAGGAGGUCCAGAAACCCCUGCCCGGCAGCACGGGCCGGAGGCACACACUGGCUGAAGUCUCCACCCAUUUCUCCCCGCUCAACCCUCCUUGCAUAAUUGUCUCAUCCUCUGCCACGGCAAGUCCCUCGGAAGGAACUAGCUCCGACAGCUGCCUCCCCUUCUCUGCCAGUGAAGGUCCCGCGGGGCUUGGUGGCGGCCUGGCCACCCCAGGGCUGCUGGGUACCAGCUCUCCAGUCAGAUUGGCCUCGCCCUUCCUGGGAUCCCAGUCAGCCACCCCUGUGCUCCAGACUCAGGCAGGGCUGGGCGCAGCUGUCUUACCUCCUGUCAGCUUCCAGGAGGGACGGAGAGCGUCGGAUACCUCUCUCACUCAAGGGCUGAAGGCCUUCCGGCAGCAGCUGAGGAAAAACGCGAGGACCAAGGGGUUCCUGGGACUGAACAAGAUCAAAGGAUUGGCCCGCCAAGUGUGCCAGUCCUCUGUCCGAACUCCCCGGGGAGGGAUGAGUACCUUCCACACCCCAGCCCCAAGCUCAGGCCUGCAAGGCUGCACAGCCAACAGUCGGGAGACCAGGAGCGUGCUCGAAGAGGUCCUGCACCAGCAGAGGCUGCUCCAGUUACAACACCACACAGCCACCUCAUCUGGCUGCCAGCAGGGCCCUCAACUGUCCCCUGUCCCCUACGUGCUCACUCCCUGUGACGGCCUCCUCAUGUCUGGAAUCCCACUGCUGCCUACGCCCCUCCUCCAGGCUGGCAUGUCCCCCGUGGCGUCCGCCGCCCAGCUCCUGGAUGCCCACUUGCACAUCAGUGCUGGCCCGGUGGCCCUCCCCACUGGGCCCCUGCCACAGUGCCUCAGCAGGCUGUCCCCAAGCUGCGAUCCCACUGGGCUGCCACAGGGGGACUGUGAGAUGGAGGACCUGACCUCUGGCCAGCGGGGGACAUUCGUCCUGGUACAGUGAAGGUGGCUCUGCCGCAUCCCCCUCCCCGCUCCUCCAUGGCCGAUUGACUUCCAAGCAAUAAUUACAGAGUAUGUGAAGAUGGUUUCUGGACUCAAACGCCAAGAACUUUCUAGACGUGAAACAAGCAAUAUGUUUGGUGUAUGGGCUUUUUAGGAUUUGGGGUUUUUUUUGUUUGUUUGUUUUUGUUUUUGUUUUUUUUUUUCCUUGCACUGAGUGACCUCAAUGAUAAGUAGGGACUGAAACUUUCUGAAGAAAAAUAAUAAUUGAGAGUAUGUCGUGUGGGCGGGAUGAUGGGAGGGAAGGACAAUAAGAGGAGAGAGGCCCUCGAGGCUGGGCUGAAGGAGAAGAGGGGGGCCACGCUGCUCAGGGACCUACACUCCCAUUCACGGUCGUGUCACCUUCACGUGAUAAGCUUGGACAUCCCUGGAGGGGGCAGCUCGUGCUGUGGCUCGUGCCUGUGUGUCGCUUGGCAUCGUUUUGGGUUUGGGUUCUCGGCUCUCCACUUCUGAGGCGCUCGUCCUUCAGACAGAAACUGUGAACUUGCUGCUUCACGUGUGGGUUUCAGAAUAGCCAAGGAUCAGCCUAGGGGAAGACCUCGAAUGAAUUCUUGUCGUGUCUCAGCUUGAGAUUUCGUAGCUGCUCAAGUCAGUCCGCCAGGCUUACUCAGAGGGCUGGGAGCGGGUAAAGGACCGUGGUCACUUGGGCCAGAGCCCCUCACAGCGCAAGGAAGCCGAGAAGUUCCCUCCUGCCUCGUACCUCGACUCUGCUGCUAAUUAUCAGAUUUUUACGCAUUUCAUUAUCAGGGUCCCCGAAAGAACGCCUGACUUGGGGAAAAUGUGCAAUACCAAGGGGCUGUGACCAGAGGGACCCAGGCAGCCAGUGGGCAUCUCGGUUAUGACCACCUUGCCCUUGGUCUGGGACCUUUCCUGGUAAAAGCCUGCCCCUCCCCAGCCCCCCAGGCCUGGGCUCUGUCUGGUUUGCUUUCCAGGAAGAUCAUAAGUAUAGGUCAGUGUUUGAAAAGUUUCUUUUUAAAACAAAUACUGUACAUGUAUGUAUAUGAACAGGAGACAGACACUACUUAUUUUUUUUCUAUUUUGUAUACACUUUUGUGUUGUUCCUGGCUUAAAAACCUCCCUUGGUCACAUUAA